AUGUAUGAAGACAGUAACAGACUAGCUAUACGGGGAGGCCUGCCUAUGGAGACCUAUGGAAAAGGUAAAAAUUCCCUUAAACGGAAGAGUUCAUGCGUUGAUAACCAUUGGGGAUUAGAAUGUAUGAGAGAAAGCGAAAGUCAAUGGUUAGGGCGAUGUAGUUUGUUUGUAGUUACUGCAAAAAGGUCGCGGUAG